AUGACAAAUUUUCUGAUUGAUUAUGCGAAGAAGAAUGUGGAGAAAUUGUUAGAUGGAGCGUUGAAAGAAUUACGUUAUAUAUGUUGUUUCACUUACAUUGCAAAUGAGUUUGAAGAAGAAAAAGCUUGGUUAAAAGCAAAAAGGAGAACAAUUGGGCAACGUGUUCAGCUUGCAAAAGGAAGAGGAGAAGAUGUUCAAGCUAAUGCUCUUUUUUGGGAAGAAGAAGUUGAUAAGAUCAUUGAAGAAGACUCCAAAACAAAACAAAAAUGCUUUUUUGGAUUAUGUCCAGAUUGUAUAUGGUGA